AUGAGCCAGGAAUACGAUAAAGGAAAGGGGAAAGCGCGACAAUCCCUCGAUGGCGACGCCAGCAGCUCGAGCAACUAUACUGCCCGCCCGAACUACAUGACCGUCGGCUCAGGGUCAACGUCAGAAAGUGCAGCACGCCUUCAAGCGAUCCUGGACAACGACUCCGGGUAUGGUGGCAGCAUGGCUGGAGAUGGAAUCAACAGCGCGCCUGCGUGGAACACCGCGCUGACCGAGGAUAGGCCAACUCCUACAAUGUCACCCAGGUUCUCGAAUCCCGGACAAAGCAGUGAGAGUGCCGACAACGACAGGAGGGUACAGGCCAACGCAAUACACCAAUUGUGGUACAAUCAGCAAAGAGUUGCACUCGGGCGUUCUAUCAACAGAGUUGUUGAGACUCUGAAGUCUCUGCAGGCAACAAACGCGACAUGGCCAGCAACUUAUCCUUCAGUUCAACGCGCCGAGGCUUCUGUACCGAAUCGAAAUGAUCCUAGGCCUGGCUUGGUGCAUACGCAGACGGGAAUGAACGACAAAAGAAGAUCAUUGCCUCCACUUCCACGCCCUGGGGAUAUCCGAAGAUCCCAAACAUCGAUCGGUGAACAAAGUACACAGGCAGAAUCGAGUAGUGCUGGCGAGGAACGAGCAGCUCCGGAGCCACGGUUGAUUACACCACAGAUCGCGCAGGAAUUCUCAAUCUUGAAAUUAGAUCUCAAACUUGGAGCUUUGCACCAAACCGAAUUAGUUCAUUCUUUGGAGAAAAGCUCGAUAGCGUCACUUCUCGACGGCAAAAUCAGCUCGAGUAUCCAACAUCUUUUCGCCCUUCGAGAACGGAUCGAGGAUACAUCUAGUAAGGUUUUGGUGACUGGAGAUCUUAAUGCAGGAAAGUCGACUUUCUGCAAUGCCCUGCUUCGACGAAAAGUUCUUCCCGAGGACCAGCAACCAUGUACAAAUAUAUUCUGCGAAGUGCUCGACGCAAGAGAAAACGGCGGUAUGGAAGAGGUGCAUGCUGUGCACAAAGAUGCUACAUACAAUCGUCAUGAUGAGAGUACGUACGACGUAUACAAUCUCAAUGCAUUGGAGAAGCUCGUUGUCGACAACGACACCUAUACCCAGUGCAAGAUUUACCUCGAGGAUGUGCGCUCCAUCGACGAGUCACUGCUGAACAACGGAGUUGUGGAUAUUUCCAUAAUCGAUGCACCAGGACUCAAUUCUGAUACAACCAAGACCACAGCUGUGUUUGCGCGGCAGGAGGAGAUUGAUGUUGUUGUAUUCAUAGUGUCAGCAGCCAAUCACUUUACUCAAACAGCCAGAGAGUUUAUUUGGGCAGCAGCAGCAGAAAAAGCCUAUAUUUUCAUGGUCGUAAACGGAUACGAUAACAUCAGAGACAAGGAACGAUGUCAAAAGAUGAUUCUGGAGCAGGUACAUGCUCUAAGCCCGAGAACUUUCAAGGAGUCCUCGGACCUUGUUCAUUUUGUGUCAAGUAACGCCAUUCCAACAGCACCACCACCCCCUCCUCCAGGAGGAGACGGCAGCGGUAGUGGUAGUGGGGACGGUGGUGGUUUUGACGACCCUGAUCCAAAGGGUAAGGGCAAAGACAAGGAGAAGAUUCGUGACUUUGAGGCUCUUGAACAAUCAUUACGCAGAUUUGUGCUUGAGAAGCGCGCCCGUUCGAAACUUGCGCCUGCGAAGACAUACCUUUUGAAUGUUCUCGGUGACGUGCACACAUUAGCAACAGUCAACCAGGAAGUCGCGCAAGCAGAGCUGACUAGGGUAGCAAAAGAAUUGCAGGAAUUGGAACCCGUUUUGGAAGCAUCACAGAAGGCGAAGGCGGAAGUCAGCGAUGAUAUCGAUCGAACUAUCGAAGCUACGUGUAAAGAAAUCUAUGAUCACACACGGCGAUCUCUCAGUUCCGCGAUACAACAAGCAGCAGAUGAAGACCUCGGAGUCCCAUAUCCCGGACUCAUGAACGCUUUCCAAUAUGCCGACGAUCUGAAGGAAGCUAUUCUUUCGGAAAUCUCGGCUUCCGUCGCGGCUUGUGAAGACCACGCACGUGCAAAGACUGUCGAUGGUGUAAGCGCAAUCAAGCAGCUGGGCCUUUCACACCUCGGAAGCGAUUACGCAGAGAGAAUAUUCCGUAGCGAUACCAUGUUCCGAAAGUCAAAACAUGCUCUCGCUCGACAAAUUGUUAUCGAGACGGAACUUUGGGAUUUCUUCGACUGGUCCACUAUCUUACAGAAGCAGGAGAAGAUGGCUGGAACCGGCAUGGCUUUGACUGUUGCCACUGCCGUGGGCGGACGGAUGGUCGGCGGCUAUGGUUGGGUUGAUGGUGCAUUAGGAGCAGUAAGAGUAGUCGGGAACAACAAUCUUCGCAAGCUGAUCAUUCCCGGAGUAAUCGCAACUGCCCUCGCUGCAACCUAUUACAUUCUGAACCAGAUCCCACAUUCGCUACCACAACGACUUUCCACCAAGAUCUCCACGCAGCUCGCUGCCAUCGACUAUGUUCAUGUCAACAGUGAUCGUAUCUCUUACGAAGUACGCAAAGUUCUUCACAUGCCAGCCAACCAUCUCCGCGUAGGUCUUCAACGCUCCGUCGAACGACUCGGAUCCAAACGCGAAGACACCCUCAAGAUCCGCGGCGAAAGCGAAGUUGCUCGAAAAUACUUUAGCAAUCUCGUCAACGAGAGCGCCAAGAUCCGAAACACCGUUGAAAACAUCGAUCUCGAAGGACCGGUUCCCGGUGUCGCUGCGGUUUACGAUUCUUGA